AUGGCCGAGCAAGGGUUCGAGCCCAUGUCUCCUCCAGCCGGACACUCUAACCCAGGGCUCCCGAACCUUUUUGAGCUUGUGGGCCACUUUGGAAUUCUGACACAGCCUUGUGGGCACAAGCACAAAAUGGCCGCCGCCGGAGGCAAGACCAGCCGCAAAAUGGCCACGCCGCAAGAACCCGUGUGUCUUCCAGCAGCCCCAGAGACAGAAGAAGACGAGGCCUCUGCCAGGUGUGGAGCAGAAGGAAUUCCUGAGGCCAUGGAGGAUGGAGAAAACAAGGGAUUCUGGGAAAGAACAGUGCAGAAGGCUGUAGGUGAGGACUCCACCAGUUCCAGUAUCCAGCAACAGAGCUUCAGGAACUUCCACUACCAAGAGGUCGAGGGGCCCAGAGAGACCUGCAGACGACUCCACCAUCUUUGCUGCCAGUGGCUGAAGCCAGAAAGACACAGUAAGAAGGAGAUGCUGGACCUGGUGAUCCUGGAGCGGUUCCUGGCUGUCCUGCCCCCGGAGAUGGAGAGCUGGGUCAGGGAAUGCGGGCCGGAGACCAGUUCCCAAGCGGUGGCCCUAGCGGAAGGUUUCCUCCUGAGCCAGGCAGAGGACAAAAUGCAGGAAGAGCAGGGGCUGUCCAAAGGAAAAGAGAAGCCUUCUUCAGACCCCAGACAAAGUGUCCUCCUCCAGGGGAUAAGGCAGGAAAGUGAUGGAGCUCCCAGUUCAGUGGGCACUGAAAUGACGCAAGUGGAAUAUUCUGGGCCUUUUUCUGUUGCGGUAGGAACAGUCACCAUGCAUCAGGAUCAGGGUCUGGUCACCUUCGAGGACGUGGCUGUGUACUUCUCAGGGGAAGAGUGGGCACUGCUGGAUCUGGCCCAAAGGAAUCUAUACACGGAAGUCAUGGAGGAGAAUUACCAGAAUCUAGCCUCUCUGGCUGUCACUGCUAAAAAGGAUGAAUUUCAGAUCAAGUCCAACAUCCCUUUGAUAGGAAGUUGGACAGCAGGCCUGAUUAUGCAACACAAGAGAGAAGAAGAGGAGGCACAGGAAAUUGAAUUAAAUUUCAUGUGCAGGAAAGAGUCCAUUGCUUCUUCAGGAGAGAGCUUCAGCAAAACAAACCACCUUACUGAACACCAAGGAAUUCACACUGAUGAAAAAACUUAUAAAUACACACAGUAUGAAAAGAGCUUCAUUUGGAAGGAGUACCUCAGUUUCCAUAAAACAGUCCACAUAGGAGAGGAACCAUAUACAUAUGCAGAGUGUGGGUAUGGAAACAAUUCCAUAUUUAGUGGACUACUUCCUUCUCAUCGAACAAUCUACACAAGAGAGGAACCAUACAAAUGCUCAGAAUGUGGAAAGAGGUUCAGCUGUAACUCAAGCCUUACUUCCCAUCACAGAAUCCAUACAGGGGAGAAACCAUAUAAAUGCUCAAAUUGUGGAAAGGGCUUCACUCAGAAUAUCCACCUUACUAUCCAUCAGAGAAUCCACACCGGGGAGAAACCGUAUCAAUGCUUAGAGUGUGGAAAGUGCUUCAGUCGGAAAGAGAACAUUACUAUCCAUCAAAGAAUCCACAAAGGGGAGAAACCAUAUAAAUGCCUACAGUGUGGAAAGAGCUUCAGUAAAAAGUCUCACCUUACCAACCAUCAAAAUACCCAUGCAGAGGUGAAACCAUAUAAAUGCUUAGAGUGUGGGAAGAGGUUCAGUCAGAAUGGCCAUCUUACUAUCCAUCGAAGAAUCCACACAGGGGAGAAACCGUAUAAAUGCUUAUUGUGUGGAAAGAGGUUCCGUCGGAAGGAGUAUGUUACUAUACAUCAAAGAAUUCACAAAGGGGAAAAACCCUAUAAGUGCUUAGAAUGUGGAAAGAGCUUCACUAAGAAGUCUCACCUUACUGACCAUCAAAGCACUCACACAGGGGAAAAACCAUAUAAAUGCUUAGAGUGUGGGAAAAGCUUCAGUAAGAAGGCCUACUUUACUGACCAUCAAAAUACCCACACAGGGGAGAAACCAUAUAAAUGCAUGGAGUGUGGAAAGAGCUUCACUAAGAAGUCCCGUCUUAAUUACCAUCAACAUACCCACACAGGGGAGAAGCCAUAUAAUUGCUUGGAGUGUGGGAAGAGUUUCAGUCAGAAAGCCAAUCUUAAUACCCAUCAAAGAACCCACACAGGAGAGAAACCAUAUAAAUGCCAAGAGUGUGGAAAGACCUUCAGUCAGAAGGUCCAUCUUACUGACCAUCAAAAUACCCACAUAAGAGAGAAACCAUAUAAAUGCUUAGGGUGUGGGAAAAGCUUCAGUAAAAAGUCCCAUCUUACAGACCAUCAAAAUACCCACACAGGGGAGAAACCAUAUAAUUGUUCAGAGUGUGCAAAGAGCUUCAGCCAUAAGGCCAGCCUUACUACUCAUUUAAGAAUCCACAAAAGGGAGAAAUCAUGUACAUGCUUACAGUGUGGAAAGAGUUUCAUUAACAACUCCAACUUUACUAACCAUCCAAAUACCCCCGCAGUGGAGAAACCAUAUAAAUGCUUAGAGUGUGAGAAGAGCUUCAGGAAAAAGUCCCAACUUACAAAUCAUUCCAGAAUCCACACAGGGGAGAAACCAUAUAAAUGCUUAGGGUGUGGAAAGAGUUUCAAUCAACAGAGCAACCUCACUACACAUCAAAGAAUCCACACGGGAGAGAAACCAUACAAAUGUUCAGCGUGCGGAAAGAGUUUUAGUCGGAGCUCAAGCCUUAGUUCCCAUCAAAGAAUCCACACAGAGGAGAAACCUUAUAAUUGCUCAGACUGUAGGUAG